UCUAAAUACUAUCUAUGUAGUUGCUCCCCUUGCUAGCACUGGAGGUGAAAGUGUUUCUGUAUAUCUCUGGUGGUGUUGCCCUGAGUCCCAUUGCAGGCUGGGUGGGGGGUGUAUCAGGAAAGAGCAUGCCCUUGCAGGCGGUCCUGUCAUGUGGGUGUACCACCCCAACCAGUGUCUCAGCACGGGCAGGCCAGGGCUAACCCAGGACGGCUGCACUGAGUGUUGAGGGGAGAUAAGGAGGGCUGACCAGCCCUGAGGCUGAAAGCUCCUCAUGGCCUGUCUGACAGCCUCAAGGCAACAGCCACGUGGCAGCUUCAUUUAGAGAACCGCCUUGGGGUCCAGGGGAAGCUAAGGUCACUGUUGAACUGAGGCUGGUGCAGCUGGAGGGUUCUUCGAGUUCUCUGUGGGCUUCAACAGCAGCCUUGUGGUUGUCAAUGAGCAAAGAAGAUUCACACCGCUGGGAGAGGGAGAGGGUCCGGCCAGCUGGUCAGGGAGGUGGCGAAUGCAGUUUAAGACCUGGUAUGUGACAGCAGGCCAUUCAGCUUCUCAAGUGUGCGGUGUACCGGCACGGACAACUCACAUCCAGACACUGCUGAAACAUUGGAGAUAAAGGAAGUUGCUGCGUCACCCCGAUAAACCGACACAGUAUCUGGAGCACCAACUGAGCCACAAGCUCUGGGACUCUGGCAAGGAAGCCGGAUGCCACGGACGGUGGUUGUCGUUGGGGCUGGUAUCAGUGGCCUUGCCGCUGCUCUUCACCUCACCCGAUCUGCUGCUGCUGCUCCCAAGGUCUUCCUGCUGGAGGCAAGCGAUGGCACUGGCGGCUGGCUGCAGACUACACGGACAGAAGACGGGGCAAUCUUCGAGCAUGGACCCAGGGGAGUGCGCCCCGCUGGAACGGUGGGGAAGAACACACUCCAGCUGGUUUCUGAGCUUGCUCUGGAUACCGACAUUAUUCCUGUUACUUACAGUAAUAAUGCAUCAAAGGACCGAUACCUCUUCGUAGGUGGCCAGCUUUGCAAGUUACCUUCCAAUAUCAGGAGUGCAUUCUACCGGCUGCCCCCCUUCUCCCAACCCCUAGCGCGCAGCCUGGCUCGGGAGCCAUUCGUUACACGUGGCAAGGAGACAGACGAGAGUGUGCAUCACUUCUGCACUCGAAGGUUCGGGGAGGAGAUGGCAAUCUACGCAGUGGACAGCCUGUGUCGUGGGGUCUUUGCCGGUGACAGUCGGAAACUCAGUGCGCGUUCCUGCUUCCCCGCCUUCUUCCAGGCCGAGAGGAGUUUUGGCUCUGUGAUCCUCGGGAUGUUGGCUGGAGUAGGAGCUACCAAGUGGGAUGGAGUGCAGACUGGCCUGAUGGACCGAGCUCGGCGUGAAGGCUGGGCACAGUGGACCCUGAAGGGUGGCAUGCAGACUCUGCCAGAAGCCAUGGAGGCUACUUUACGGAGGAGAGGUGUGGAGAUCCGCCUGCACACACCUGUCACCCGUCUUCAGCCCACCGAACAUGGGGCCUGUCAGGUGCUGACGGAUGGAGGGACCCUGACUGCAGACCACGUUUUCUCCUCAGUUCCCGCUCGAGUACUCAGCAGCCUGCUCCCCCCAGUCUGGCAGCCGCUGGCAAAGACUCUGAAUGCCAUUGGGAGUGUGUCGGUGGCUGUGGUGAACAUGGAGUAUGAGGGUCUGGUGCUGCCUGUGUCGGGAUUUGGACAUCUGGUUCCCUCGGGAGAGUGUAGCGAGAUCCUGGGUGUCGUUUACGAUUCCUGCUGCUUCCCCCAGCAAGACCGAUCGGGACCGCAGACCACCAGACUGACGGUGAUGAUGGGUGGAUCCUGGUUCACUGAGGCCUUCGGAGAUCCGAGGAGUGUGGCUGACGAUGAGCUGCUACAGCGUGCAGAGCAGGCAGUGCAGGAGCAGCUGGGCAUUGUAGCACAGCCACUGAGGACCGUCGUCAGAGUACAGCAGGACUGUAUCCCACAAUAUGAAAUUGGACACUGGAAGCUCUUGGGUAAGUUGGCAUGGAAACCUGGUGUGUGACCCACACCCCUCAGCACCCACCACCCACAAGUCUGCCUCCGACCCCUCAGCACCCACCACCCACAAGUCUGCCUCCGACCCCUCAGCACCCCCCACCCACAAGUCUGCCUCCGACCCCUCAGCGCCCACCCCAUGACUCUGUCCAGGCAUUCAGACGACCCUGAUUGAGAGAUGCAAACCCAUCCCAGUGGUGUGCGUCAGGGACCCCUUCUCUUUAUGAUUUUUAUAUAUGAGCUGGAUGAGGAAGUGGAGGGAUGGGUUGGUAAAUUUGCUGAUAACACAAAGGUUUGGGGUGUUGUGGAUCGUGUGGAGGGCUGUCAGAGGUUAUAGCAGAACAUUGAUAGGAUACAAAACUGGGCUGAGAAGUUGCAGAUGGAGUACAACCCAGAUAAGUGUGAAGUGGUUCAUUUUGGUAGGUCAAAUAUGAUGGCAGAAUAUAGUAUUAAUGGUAAGACUCUUGGCAGUGUGGAGGAUCAGAGGGAUCUUGGGGUCCGAGUCCAUAGGACAUUUAAAGCUGCUGCACAGGUUGACUCUGUGGUUAAGAAGACAUGUGGUGUAUUGGCCUUCAUCAAUCGUGGGAUUGAGUUUAGGAACAGAGAGGUAAUGUGCAGCUAUACAGGACCCUGGUCAGACCCCACUUGGAGUACUGUGCUCAGUUCUGGUCACCUCACUACAGGAAGAAUGUGGAAACUAUACAAAGGGUGUAGAGGAGAUUUACAAGGAUAUUGCCUGGAUUGGGGAACAUGCCUUACGAGAAUAUGUUGAGUGAACUUGGCCUUUUCUCCUUGGAGUGACGGAGGAUGAGAGGUGACCUGACAGAGGUGUGUAAGACGAUGAGAGGCAUUGAUCAUGUGGAUGGUCAGAAGCUUUCUCCCAGGGCUGGGAUGGCUAGCGUGAGAGGACACAGGUUUAAGGUGCUUGGAGUAGGUACAGAGGAGAUGUCAGGGGUAAAUUUUUUACACAGAGAGUGGGGACUGCGUGGAAUGGGCUGCUGGCAACGGUGGUGGAGAUGGAUACGAUAGGGUCUUUUAAGAGGCUCCUGGACAGGUACAUGGAGCUCAGAAAAAUGGGUAACCAGAGGUAAUUUCUAAAGUAAGUACAUGUUCGGCACAGCAUUGUGGGCUGGAGGGCCUGUAUGAUGCUGUAGGUUUUCCAUGUUGCUAUCCCCAAGCCAACUCUGGACAUGACUUCCUGUCCUGUUCCCACCCACCCUGCUGCCGGUGUCACUUCUACAGUCAGUAUGCAGCCAACCAGGAACAAUCAACACACACGCUCCACCCUCUCUCCUUAUCAGCCAGCUCCAAACCCCCUUCCAUCCCACACACCAUCUCUGGCACACACUCUGUUUUCUGUAAAGCCCUCCAGCCCCUACACCUCUCAGUCUGUCUGAAACCACCACUGUCCCUACACCUCUCCGUGUGUCUGAAACCAUCACUG